AUGGAAAAGUAUAUCAGCUUUUCUUUGGGAGGGCUCCAGUUCAUCGACAGUUUGAACUUUUUGCAAGCAUCAUUGGAUUCUCUUGUAAAUAAUCUUCCAAAGAAUGCUUUCGUGCACACGAAAGAAUUAGCAGGAAUGAAGAACAGCGAGACAUGUUACAACAGAAUGGGUCUAUCUGUACCAGUACAUGGAUAGUUGGGAAAGGUUCGAGGAAACCCAGCUGCCUUCACAAGCCCAAUUCUACAGCUUGCUGAAUGACAAGCACAUCACGCAAGGUACAAUUCAAACGUGCAAAGAAAGUGUGGAAAACUUUCAGGCAGGAGACCCUGGGGGAUUACCACGAUCUCUAUCUGAAAACGGACGUCUGCUUGUUGGCGUACAGUUUUAAAAAUUCUGAACCCUUCACUUGAAACAGUACAGGCUGGAUCCAGCAGACCACUGGGACACAAUGCUAAAAGAGAUAGUAGUGCAGCUGGAGCUGUUGACAGAUGUGGACAUGCAUCUGUUCAUUGAGCAAGGGACACGUGGUGGAAUCUCCAUGGUGAGCAAGCAGUAUGCAAAAGCCAACAACCUGUAUGUGAAAGAUUACGACCCAAACAACUACAUUCAAUAUCUUGAUGUGAAUAGCCAUUACAGUUGCGCCAUGUGUAAACCAUUGCCGAAGGGGAAGUUUGCAUAAAAGACUGUAAUGCCAACGGAGGGGCAAUUAUGUGCAUGCAACACGCAAGGUGAAGAUAGAUUCUCGAGGCGGAUCUGGAGUACCCGGCAAAGCUGCAUAGAGCCUACAAUGGAUAUCCACUUGCCCCAGAGAAAAAGAAAAUCAAGAGAGAAUGGAUGUCUGCUUACCAAAAAACGUGAUGGAUGAGUUGGGGCUGAAACACAACGAAACAGAGCUUGUCUUGAUGCUGGAAGACAAAAAGAACUAUCUCGUGCAUUACAGAAAUCUGUAGUUUUAUCUCAAUCAGGGGAUGAAACUCAAGAAGGUUCACAGGGUGUUGCAGUUUGACCAAGAGUGCUGGAUGGAGCCAUACAACCGAAUGAACACAGAAUUUCAGAAACAGAGAGAAGAACUUUUACAACCUCAUGUACAAUUCCGUAUUUGGGAAAACAAUGGAGAAUGUGCAGAAGCAAGUUCACAACACAAUUGUCUGCGGAGAUGAAAGCGAAAAGAUUUGCAAACUCAUAGUGAGUCCCCUUUUCGCCGGUUGCACACUAUUUUUCAACCAUCUCGUCAGUUUCAGAAUGCCCAAAGAGUGUGUGAAACUGGACAAGUCUUUUUAUGCUGGGAUGGUGAUUCUCGAUAUCAGCAAAAUACUGAUGUACGAUUUUUAUUGCAAUGAGCUUAAGAGCCAGUACGGGACUAAGUGUGAGCUCAUCUAUACUGACACAGACAGCCUCUGGCUGGAGAUAAAAACCGACCAUGUCUAUAAGGACAUGGAAGCAAAAAAGAAUUUGUACAACACAAGCGAUUACUCCAACGACCACCUGCUGUACAGUAGCGCAAACAAAAAGGUUUUGGGGAAGACGAAAGACAAGAUGAAUGAAACACCAAUAACUGAGUGUGUUUGCCUUCGACCCACAAUGUAUUCCAUUCUCACAGAGGAAAAAACAUUAAAAAAGUAGAAAGGAACAAAAAAUAUGUGGUGAAAAAAGAGAUACAGUAUGAACAUUAUACAAAGAAGCACUGUUCACCAAAAAACCUUUACGAAUGAAAUGAACAUGCUCUGCAGCGAGGGGCAUGAGAUCUGUGGGGAGGGGUGAACAAAAUCGCGCUGAGCCCAUUUGAUUCAAAGUGAUACAUUGCACAAAAUGGCAUUGACACCUUUGCGUAUGGAUACAGAUUAACAGACGAGGAGCUGCAUGAGUAUGUCAUGGAGUUGCUGAAGGAAGAACAGAAUUGGGAGGCACAACCAACAACAACUCACGGACAAAGCUUCGUUUGGGCCCAUUCUUCAGAUAAUACAAUAUAGGUUUAAGUGGUUUGGUGACAGAUUUUUCAAUGUUGUUCACGUUGAGUGACCAAAUAGGAUCAGUUGCACGUUUGUGCCUGCCUUCCAGCUCAACCGUUUGGUAAGAUAACGCACGUAAACAAGAGUGGGAAGUUUUCAAUUCAUUCCAACGGUCUGUUAUAAGAAGUCACAGGCUUUGCAGCAACAGCUUUUUCUUUUAUGGCCUCAGCAAGCUUUUUGCCAGUGAAGCAGUCAACUUUGCCGUUCAGAGCCAACGUCAACGACUGUUAACACAUAUCUGUAAGCUCUUUGGCCCCGCCCUCCGCCCAGACUGUCGUGUGAAAAAAAAGUAAGUCGGCUUGGUGAACUUUGUUUGGCGUGGGCAUGUCAAACUUAAGCCGAGAAAUGUGCUUUGGUGCAGGAAUAUCUAUUUACCAAAGGGCUUGCUGCAUUAGCCAUUUUUUUUCGCAUCAUUUUCAGAGACUUUGCAGUGGCUACAAGCUUUUUGAUGGCAGCGAUGCCUUUCCAGUAGGGCUGUAGUAAAUUCUAAAGUUUUUCGUGCAUCCUAUAUUAAUUUACGGUUUGAACUUUUGAUUGUUCAUUGCAAACCGACAGUUUCAUUGGACUGCUAACAGCCAAUUUCACCAGAACUGUGGUGAGCGUUACGAAAAUAGCGACAAGAAGAGUGUAGUUACGCAACAGAUGUGCACGUUCAUGAACAAGGUUUACUGCUUUCACAAUAAAAGAAACGGUCACUUGCAACUUGAUCGAGACAAUCACCGCUGCAAGUGCAGUCAUCCAGCAGACCUUAAGCACCGUGAAGAUAUUCAGAGUAAGAAAAUUGGCCAUUCCUACAUUAUGACGCAGUUUGUCAUACUUUCUACUUAUCUGAUUUGGAAUUUCCAUGCAGUGAUCACUGAUGAAGUCGCUAAUCAAGGAACUCUUUUUCACUGUAGGGGUCGCCUCUGAGAUAAAACCAGAUCACAUCAAGAAUUUUUUUAUACCCCGCACGUGUGAAGUUGGCUCUUUCGAUUUUUUUGUCAUCUUGCGCUGCCCCUACCACAAUUUUGACAAUUACGCCAUACACGGUCAGAGAAGUGAACACAAUGGGGUUCAAAGUAAUGCCUCCAGCAACAGCUGAAGUUAUCAUAGCUUUGCCAGUGACAACGUUGCAAAUCAGAUUUUUUUUCUUUGGUACAGGUGGCACUGCUUUUUCUAGCUGUAAUGGUUUUUGUGGUAAUAGGUGUAGAGAUUUUUCAACACAUCACAUGUCCCUUUGGACAGGGUUGUGUGGAUGUGGUUGAAGUCAAAAAUAUUUUCCUGGGGGUGAACCAUUGACACUAUAACAAAAAAACCCAGAAAAUUUAAGAUUGAACUUCAAACAGAACCAACAAAUCAGCGCUGGUUGUCAGGACCCUGAGGAUAGGGUUUUCAUUGCUAAGCGAUAUUCUUAUUGCAAGUAAUGCAAUGAGAUGCUCAGAUCGUCAAUUUCAUGACAAUUACACUGUCCUCAGUGCUCUAUUCAUUGACAUCUUUCGUCGGGUAUUGGAAUACAUUUUUCGCCCUAUGGGAGGCUUUGAUGGUGCCACUGUUACCUUUUGGACCUGGGGGAACCUUUGGUCUGGGCGGCCCCUGUUCAUCUGUGUCACCCCUUGGCUCUUAAGCGCCAUGUGGGCCUUGUGCUCCUGUAUCACCCUUGGGGCCCUACUGACCUGUAUCACCCUUGGGGCCUCGUGAACCUGUGCCAUCCUUAGGCCCUUGAGCGCCUGUUUCGCCUUUUAGGGCAGGACCCCCUGUGAUCUUGCCUCACCUUUGUGACCCUGUGCCCCUGUAUAACCUUUUGGUCCUUAACGUCCCCCUGGGCCUGUAUCACCUUUGGCUCCUUGUACCCCCUUGUGGGCCAUGUGGUCCCUCUGGUCCUCACGGCCCCACCCGGUGGGCCUUGUGGCCUUGCGGGACCUGGUGGAACUCGAAGUUUCAUCAAUCGUGCUGUUGAUGUACCCCAUUAUAUAAUUUCUUCGAAACUUUUUUCCUUGUUUCUUGCGGCUUCUCAUGGUAAGACAAUGAGUACAGUUUGUCCGUUGCUCUUUCGAAAAUUUGUUGAUCGAUCCCAACUCAUCAGCAAUUCGGUGGUUUUCUCUUAGAAGGAAUUUAAAAAUACAAAAAGUACUGCCAUCCAUGUUAGCCAUCUUUGACAGAGCUCAUUGGGCAUUGUUUAUCUACAGCUUUAUAGCUUCAAUUUGGAAAAAUCCUCACACAGCUCCUCAAUAAUCUGAAACGGUGUAAAAAUUUCAUUUUCCUCUUCUUCAUCAACUAAAGGCUUUUCUCCGUUCGUGAGGCUUCAGAAGCACUUCAUAAACCUUUACUUGCAGAGACACAAACUUGGCCCAAAUAAAAAUGCUUUCAAUCUUCACGACCAGUUUGGCCCACCAGUGCUUGUCAUGAAAAUCAAAUGGAUCAACGAUCUUGUCCUUUGUUCAAAAACGGCCUGUAAUGUCAUUGCUAAACUAUGGCACCUUGGCAUAAAGAACGGGUGAUCUUUCUUUCAGGAUUUUUCCAUUUUCAUCUUUUUUGUUGUAAAAGGGGUUCAGAUCCACAUUUUUGUGUCCCAUGCUUUCCAAAACUUUUUCACAGUGUUCCAUGAUCUCUUUCAUUUUUUCAUAAAAUUCCCUUUCUUCACUACCGAGUCCCUCUUUCCCCCACAGACAUACUGACUCAGCUGUCCUUUUUCAAAUUCUGGUUUUUUCGGAUAACCCAAACAAAAACAAACCGGUAGUCUUGAUGAUCAAUGACCCAGGUUCUUUACCGUAGUUGGUUGAAAUUUUGAUUUGUUGACAGGUUUUUAUAUGUUUGGGAUUUUGUCGAUGAUCGGUACUGAAAAGAACAUAUCAUUGACAUUGUAGUUUUCGAGGUUUGUGAGCCUUGCCAUUGUAAUAUGCAAAUAAACCCAAUUGUCUAAAUGGGUUGACCUUUCCUCCUCAUGUUGCUCAAUUUCAUAUUAACUGUAAAUGAAUUUGCCGGUUAUGUGAGAAAAUAUAGCUUCUACACUCUAAUAAUAAUUGAUUUUGCUACUUAUGACGAAACAGCCGAAAGUGAUUUUGGGCAAUCUUUUCUUAAACAGCACAAUCUUCUUGUGUUGGAUGUACGAGACUCACCGGCAGUAGGAGAAGUGUAACCUUUACAGACAUACAAAUAUCAAAGGGAAAGCCCCCACGGAAUAUGCAACCCCUUUUUUAUUACCUUGAGUAGAAAUCAAUAUUUGUAACCAAGGUACACAUGCGCCUUAACACUUAAAAUUUUUCUUCCCACAACGAAGGGAAAUUUAAAGGUGUGUCAUAAAACGUCCAUUUAAAAAGGGGAUAGAACUGUUGUGUUGGUAAAAAAGCUAAUGCCUUCACAAUAAACCAAGAUCAAAGCACCCUGUUAUCAUAGGCCAAAAACCCCGCGGGGCUAUGAUAACUUGUCGAUGUCCAAUGUGGCAAACGCGUGAGUGGACUUGGGAAUCCUUAAGAUGGUGGUGGGUUGUUGGGUAGAGCUAUGCUCAUCCCUGCAGGCGGUGGAAGUGCCGGUUCGACCUUAAAUCAGAGGGAUAAGGGUGGGGGAACUCUAAAAUUGGUGCGUUCCUGGAGAAUAUCUGCGACACCAUACAAAAACAAAAAUAAUAACCAGAGUGUUCCUGGAGAAUGUAUGGGGCAGCCCACAAAAAUUAUAAUAAAAUAGAAAACCUCUGAAGACGGACUGGGUGGGGGUUGGGGAUUGGGGUUUGGGGGUCCCUCUUGAGAGGUCUGGUAGCCACCAGUUUUGCUUUUAUUACGGUUGCUUGUGAACCGGCUUGAACUGCAGCCAUGUGAAAAAUUUGUUGGUUGAGGCCUGUCUCGAUAAUUAAAGAUACAUCUUAUUUUAUUAUAACUAUGGAUUUCACAUCCCUUGUGGAAACCAUGCGCUCUGAGGCGAAACAAAAACAGUCAUUACAAGAAUACCUCCAAAAUACAAAACUUCUAACUGAAAAAUGCUUAAUUUUAAGAACGUAUGGAAGCCCGAAUUCAGCAGUUCCAGAGAAAGUCAUCAAAGAGGAUUUACAAAUCGGUCUUCCUUUGGAUAAGAUUAGUGGUGACGGCCAUAAAAAUGGAAUAAACUAGAAAAUAAAAACAUCCAUCCAUCAUUCUAAAAAAAACCACCUCCAUUUCAAUCAAAUCCACCCAGAUUAUCCUAUUGAUUACUACAUAUUUUGUUGCUAUAACUUAUGGGAAGGUAACAUUGGUUGGGCAUAUACAUUUUCAAGAUCCCUUCGGAGGAUGUAUACAAGCUUAUUCCACAGUAUGGUGGUUACACUCAUGGUUCAUUUUUAAUAUUAAGAAAAAUUUCAGAAAAUAAUCUCAAAAACAGAAAUAGUGAGUUUUCUUUAAGACCAAACCCAAACUAAAAAAAGAGUUUAAAAAUUAUGGGUUGCACUUCUACAAUACGAGGUUGAAUACCUUCUCGAAAAUUUCUAAUGAAUGCGCAUUUGUUAAAACGUUUAUCAUUGUUUUUUGUACCAGAUUUCUGAGGGGCUCCAAUCGCUGUUAACAAGGGGCAACAACGUGCUUGUCGUCUCAUCAUCGGACUCUUCCCCUGAGUUGCUCUGCUCAGAAUCACUUUGCUCCAACUCUUUCAAUAUUGAAAACAAUUGGCCAACCCCCCCCUUCAACAUCCUGCUUCAAAUUUGUCGAGUCUAUGAUCCUUUGAAAAAUCAUUUCUUCACCAACUAAUUGGGUAAACAAGUCAGAUUUAAAGCUGUCCCUAAUCACAACCUUUUCAAUCAUUUCAUAAAGAAAAACUCUUAGCUGGCUACGUUUUGUAUUUUUACGAAUUGACUGGUCUAAAGUUUUUUAAGGUGGCUUGCAAAAAUGGCCAUGCAUCCUGCCCAUUAAAAUUCUUUGAAAGGGCUCCCCCGGUUUGUCUGGAGUGAUCAUUAUAUGUACUGCUACAUUUUCAUCUCUCUAAUUGUUUUUUUUUUCCUAUCAGAAAACUACGGUUUUUAUGACAAUGGUGCAUGCUGUUGGUUGCUGCGACGAUAACCUUGUUUUGCAUUCCAGUUUCAACUGGUUUCAGCCAGUUUCCGUCUUGUUUACAAUUGUGUUAACGAUGGUAUGUGUAGUCCUGAUUCAAAAGUAGUAUAGAGUGUGGGAGCCUUCUUUUACACCUUGUUCACAACUUGUAAGCCCCCCCCCCCCCCAGCCCCCCCACACACCAAACGAGCAAGUGGGUGAGGUGUGGGGGUGGCUUACAAGUUGUGAGCAUGGUAUAACAGAACCACCACCCUCUAUGCUACUAUCAAUGAUUGUAUUUCAUGGAAAUAUCAUAUCUCAUAUAUUUGCACGCCUAUUUCCAAGGAAUAUCGGAAUUAUAUCAAAAUUAGGGCACUUUCUAUCUGUUAAAAACUUAACAUCUCACAUACAAUUUUGGCAUGGAGUAGCACCUAUCACUUGCACCUGAAAAAAGUGCAAAUUGAAAAUCUUGUGGCUAGAUUAAUAUUUUUUUUUCAUGGUAAAGAUACCGAGAGUGCUCCCCCAUUGCUGAAUUUACUAGAAAUACUCACGGUAAACGACGUUUAUUCUCUACAUCCUUUAAAAUUUACCCAUCUCUGGCCUAAAAGGUUUACUACCUGACAUUUUUCGCGAUACCUUUCUUUAUGCUCGCUAGAUAUGCAACCAAUCACAACUUAUAUAAACCUCGCGUAAGAACAAAUAAUAACAACCAGAUGUUUUUAUUUAGGACAACUGAUGUUUGGAAAAGCAUUCCACAAACCUUUAGAGAAUUGAAUGAGUACGCUUUUUUUAAAAAAAAAAUCGAACAUUAUCUACCGUCCGAGCAAUUAUUGUCGAGACCUCACCUUACCUAUUUCUGCCUAAACUGCCUUCUUCUAAAACUUGUCCUUGUUACUUUUUUGAAAUUUUUCGUAUUUUACUGUAAUUGAAAUUAAUUGUUCUUUUCUGUUCUAUUAAUUCAUUUAUUUCAUUUUGCUUUGGGUUCCUGCUGAAAAGCGCGAUUCAAAAACACAAACAACACGCGUAAUCUUAAAAAUUAAUCGAGACGUUGAAAUAUACAGCCUGUAUUACUGCUGUAUCUUCCAUCAUUUGUAUUUGUUAGAAGAAAUGUAGCGCAAAUUCGGUUACUUCUCUUCCUCUUCUUCUUGGUGUGUCUUCUGGCGUUUGUGGUUCAUAGUCCAGCCCAGGCGCGAAAGUUAAAGUGAAGUCAACGAUUAGGGAGAGUACAAGGGGAACAAGGUAGAAAACUUCGGUCCAGCUUUUGUGCAGCUGUGUAAUCCGAACUACAAGCGUAAAACAACCCAAAACCACCCUGAAAAUUUUUGCAGUUACCAAUAACAGAAGCUGAAAAUUGUAGUCGCUAAUUUUUAGAAAAUAAACUCGUGCAUACACAAAGCGUGUGCAAGGUAUUUUCGCUAUCACGUACCUUCUCUAUUAUUUUCUAAACAAGGUAUUCACGAGUCACCCAUAGUUUUUACUUUGAUUUAGUUUAUGACCUACAACUGCUACAUUGUAUUAACAACAGCCCAUCUACCACUGAAUGUGGCUACCGCUUUUCUUUUGCAGAAUACUGUAAAAAUAUGCAGUAUCCAAGAGGCCCGUCUUAUGGCAUUCAAUGCCACCCAAACGUGUAUGCAUACUACAUGUCAGCUAUUAUCGGUUUGUUUUAAAACACUUUACUGCAUUUGAAAGCAUACCUAUCAAGUGAACCAGAGAACAGAUGUCGGUGUUCUCCAUCUAAAGAAAUGGAUGUAAUGGUUUUCUGAUGGUUUGAAAAUCCUGUUAACAGUCUGCCACCUCCUAAAAGAUCCCAUACUUUUAUCAUGUUGCUUCCUGCAACAAAACAAAUAGAGGCAAUCUUAAUUAAUCAAAAGCUCUAUAGAUGUUGAAGCAAUCCAUAUGCAAAACCCAGAAUACACGAAAAAAGGAUGUAGAAGUAGGUAGAGAAGAUCCAGAUGUAAUGCUUGUGAAUUGAAUUUCAUAAAGUAGACGCUGUUUUUCUACUCAGUCCGGAGUAGUCAAUCGAUAAAAGUCAGUAUUGAUUUAUCAAUCAAUCAAUCGAUAAAAAUCAAUAAAUUUGAUUUGAUUGAUAUUGAUUGUAUUGAUCAAUCGGUAGAAAUUGAUGAUGCACUCGUUUCAUUCAUCAAUUCAUCUUGAUUUUCACCGAUUUCCUCGAUUUAUAUCAGAAGAUACAUCUGUUCAUCAAAAACUGAAAACAGAAUUCAUGCAAACAGUAAAUUUAUUGGCAAUUGAGUAGCAACUGAGAGUCGAAGGAAAAACACCCUUCAAAAUAGUGUCGGUGUAGUUCCGGGUGUAGUUACAUCCCAAAUUAGUCAGACUAGUCAAUAGAUAAAAAUCGAAAUCGAUAAAAAUAAUUAGCAAUCAAGUGAUUUUUAUGGAUUGAUAACAGAAAAUGGUGGAAAUCUGUCGAGGAAAAUCUUUUAGCCUGAAUUUCGGACAUCCCUUCGACUUGAAAGAAUGUCUGAAAUUAAGGCUUAGGUUGUAUUUCUUGUGAUACUUACCUGCGAGAACUGAACGUAAGUAGGCCGAACCGUUGUUGUUAUGUACAAAAUAAAGAGUUUUAGAGAGAAACUUAUGUGUGUAAUAGUUUCCACAUUUCUCUUUUUCAUGUUUGCUGAUUAGUUGUUACUCGUAGAUGUUUUCUCAGCUGUACUAUCUAACUCAUGCCAAAAAACAAUUGCGGACUUCCGUUAUAAAUUGUUCAGUCAUGAAAAAUCGAUCAUAUUGAUUUGACACAGCAAUUAUGUUUAUUGAUUUUUGCCGAUUUUCGUUAUCAAUCGCUAAAAAUCACUUGAUUGCUACCGAUUUUUAUCGAUUGACUACUCCGGGUACUCAGUCAUUAAAAUUCGUACUAUUCUUGAAAAAUAUUUUAAAGAUACCACAAAUACUACUAGGUAUAUCUUCGGGUAAAGUGACAACGAGCAAAACGUUUUUGCUUUGUGCAGCAAUCCAAUGAUGUUUUCUGAAAUGCAACAUUGAGAGUUUUGUAGUCCCCUUCUGUUGCUAGGAUUAUUUUAAGAUUCCUGGAGGUUAGACUCAAGGCCAUCUGCAUUUGCAGAUGGUGUCAUUUCUGGGUCUUUUUUAAUUUUAAGGAGGCAAAUGCUCAUUAUUUGGGCGGAGCACCAUAUGGAGCAGUUACAAUAGGUCUGUAA